AAAUUGAAAUUGAGAAAUAAAAAAUAACGACUUUCUAAGCUCUUUCCUUCGUAUAAUUAUUAUAUCCUUUGAAAGGCAUAAGAAAAGCUAUGGGCCAUCUGCCAUUCCCUUCGAACUCUUCACCGAGCUAUGCCAAAUACUGAUUCCUUGUGAAUCUCGUCUCCUUUUCCCUUUCUAUAAUUUUUUCUAAAAAUCUCCCAAACAAUCAUUUUUUGGGUCAACAACAUUUUAUCAUGGAUGUUCUGUCACUGAAUUCACUACCCAUAGGAUUCCGGUUCCAACCAACGGACGUGGAAUUGAUCAAUUUUUACUUACGGUCAAAGAUAAACGGGGACAGAAACGAUGAGGUUGGAGUCAUUCGUGAAAUCGAUGUUUGUAGAUGUGAGCCAUGGGAUUUGCCUCAUUUGUCCGCUAUAAGGACUCGUGACCUGGAGUGGUUUUUCUUUUGCCCACUCGACCGGAAGUACCCCAACGGCAAUAGACUCAACAGGGCUACCCAGCUUGGUUACUGGAAGGCUACGGGCACGGAUCGCAAGAUUAAGUCUGGGUCCAGCUUGAUCGGCAUGAAGAAAACUCUGGUGUUUUACUUCGGUCGGGCUCCUAGAGGAAAGCGAACCAAUUGGAUUAUGCACGAGUACCGUACUACCCUCGAUGAGCUUGACGGCACCAAACCCGGACAGAAUGCGUUUGUAAUUUGUCGUCUAUUCAAGAAACAAGAUGAGAGAAUUGAAGAUAUAAAUGGUGAUGAAGUUGAUCCUGGUGUAUCGUCUCCUACUGAAGACAUGCAGUCUGAGAUAAGAGUGCCUCAAGACUCUCCUGUGGUGGAAGGGAUAGCUGAAAAAAUUCCCAUUAGCAAUGAAACUUGUCCUGUAGUUUUGCCCAAUGAAGUGAUUUCUAACGCUGUUGCACCUAUAUCAGACUGCAACAACAAUGACUUUGAAGCUUAUGGUGUAACAGCUCAAAUGGUAGAAAUAGCACCUACAGAGGUGGAUCCACUUGGAUAUGCUUUGAAUCAUUUUUGUGAUCCCAUGGUCAUGCCACUGGACUGCAAACUCUUUUCUCUGUUGCACUCUCCGAUUGAAGCAGAGCAAGCACCUCGGAUGUUUGAUCAUGUUGGGAAGAGUUUCAGUCGGGUGGAGUUAGAGCAUGACACAAAUGAAAAUGAUACCUAUAUUUCCGACUUCUUGAAUUCUAUCCUAAAAAAUUCCGAUGACAACGACAGUGAUGACUCUGGCAGUCAGAAGAAUUCAUCUAUCGAAAGUGAUACCCCUAAGGCCAUGGCCUUUGGUAAGGAUGGUGGAUCAUGCACUGAAUCAGAUGCGGAAGUGGUGCAAGUAUUGCCUCAGACCAUAACUGCCAAUAAAGGGGCUCCUCUAGAGAAUAAAGCAACAGCACAAGAUUGCACCAUUCCAAUUCACAAGCAGAACGUUAACUUUUCUGGCACCGGGCCAGCCUAUAAUGUGCUAAAUAGUAAUGGAGAAUUGAGCAAUAAUGCGAAUACAACUUGUAAUGUCGAUAAUGCUAUCACUGGAAUCAGGAUUAUGUCUCCCCCUGCUCGAAGUCCACUAGACACUGAGAACUCUAUGACACAGGGUAAUGCGCCAAGAAGAAUACGUCUGCAGCGUAAGCUUCAAGUUGGCCCACUUCACAGUGGCAAUGCAACAAAUAACUGGAGUAGUGAAGAGAAAGAAGAUGAUCCAAAACCAGUUGUUACAAAGGAGGUAAAAGUCAUGGAAGAGAAUAUCAUUGUCGGUGAUGCUGUUGCUUGUGGCACCAUGGACGAACCCCUUUCUGAGUCAAGCAAAAACAAUGUUUUGAGGUCAAAGAGCACUGUUUCAGUUUGUGAAGAGGUUCCAUCUCGAUGCUCGAAGAAGUUUUCAGCUGGUCGCUUGCACAAGCAGUUUGCUGUUAUGUUUUGGGUAGCUGUAAUGUUAAUCUUGUUUAUAGUUUUGUUUCACACAUUGAAUGUCUUGUAAUUUGAUGCUGCUUAUUUGGUUGCGUAUAUUAGACUCGUCUCAUAUAAGGCUCUGUACUAGUUAGGACUGCGGCAAUGAUUUUGAGUACUAACAUUUAUGUAUAUGAUCUAUUUAGUUAGUGAUACAGAGCAUCUGUUUAUGCAGUAUAUA